AUGAUCCUUCUUCCUUCUACAACCUUAUUAAGAAAUCUACUACCAGCAGGGUUUUCAUUAAAUUUAGGCUACAUUCAUCAAGAAGAAUUACAAACAGCAGAAACAUUUGGUGGUUGCAAAGAUGGUGAGCUCAAAGAACCACAAGAAAGGCACCUGCUGGAAAAUCCCUUCCAAACACCACCAAUACCUCUGCAAAAAGGCUACACAAUCUACCAAGAAUGGCUAGGCAUGCUCCUACUAUUGCUAAUCACCAUCAUCCUGCUGCCAAAACUACUAGCACAGCUAGGAAUGUCAAAAGACCUCACUGCUACAAGUCUAGAAUCCUCUGCUCUGGGUACCCUCCAAGAGGUAGCAGAAGCAACUCUGGUAAAGGAAUUUAAGAUGACCAAUCUAAUGGCUAUUCAUGCAAAGAGGGUUACUAUUUAG